CGCAGCAACCUCAGGCAUCGAUACUGAGCCAGGAUGUUGUCCUCUACAACUACCACCUCCCUCCCCUCCUCCUCCUCCUCACCCCUUCCAACCCCCCACACAGUGACCUCUGACCACCGCCGUGUUGCCAUGGAAACUUACUGGAGGGAAGUGCAGAGCAUUGAGGAGGAGAAGGAGGAAGAAGAUGAAGAAGAAGACGAGAGGAAGAGUAUGGACGGUAAGUCAAACCUACAGCAGAGUGAGACGUCGUCUUUCUGUCUGACCUCUACCUGUCUUUGUUUAUCUGCAGAGGUGGAGCUGGAGGAGGCGUGGCUGACGGAGGCGGGAUUAUCCUCGCUGGUGACGGGCUCAUCCGAGGAGGAGACGCCACCGCCGGCAGAGGCCCUGCUGUCCACACUGACACGGCAACAAGCCGCCACAGUGAGGAGGAGGCUGGACAACUACAACGAGACACUGAAGAAGAGAAACAGGCAGCCAAUCAGAGACGUCCGGGACGUCUUCACUCAGCCUGAAGAUGACUCAGCAGGCAGGUGCCCCUCCCCUCGUUCUCACUGCCCCGAGUCGCCACCGAGUCGAUACCACACCACCACCAAAACCAUCCGCCGAGCCACCCACAGAGUUCGACCAACUCUUCCCACGUUUGUUUUUGAGGAUCAGCUACCUGAACAUCCAUCAUCCCCCACAAACACACACACGCCGAUACAGACUGAUUCGCCGCCACUCACCCCUUCCCCUCCUCAUACACCCCCGCUGCCCGUCAGUCAGUCGAGACGAGCUGAUUGGCUGCUGAGGGACUCUCCGUACUCAGAAGGAGUGGCAGAGCACAAACAGGGUGGGACUUGUUGGGACUGCGUGUGUUUCCAUGGAAAUGACAUCAGUGACGUGCCGUUCGUACCUGCCUCUCCCUCUCAGGGUCUCACUCGGGCAGAGGACCUGUCAUCAUGUGACCUCACCCGGCUUGGCUUCAUUUCUCACAUCGAGCUCUCCACCUUCCUGCUCUCACUGGGCGCCCAAACCAAACGCACCCGCCCGCCACGCUGCCGGACCCGAGACAGUGGUGUGUUCGGUGUUCCACUGAACUCGCUGUUAGAGAACGACAGAAAGAAGUUUCCUGGAGUCAAAGUUCCUGUCGUCUUCCAGAAGCUGUUGUGUAUUUUAGAGCAGACCGGCCUGCAGACUGAAGGGAUUCUCAGAGUUCCAGGAUCAGCUGCUAGACUGAAGUAUCUGCGUAGAGAGAUAGACAGGUGUGGUGGGGCCUUCGACUGGUCUGGGGUCAGACAGGUGGACGCUGCAGGCCUGCUGAAGCUUUUCAUCAGAGAGCUGCCGACACCUCUGCUGACACACACACACCUGUCCACCUACCGCUCCGUGCUGGGUGUCUCGUCUGUGGUCCAUCAGGUUCAGGCUCUGCAGCUGCUGUCGUUGUUGCUUCCAGAGGCCAACAGAGACGCACUCAGAGCCCUGCUGGUCUUCCUGCGUAAGGUUGUCUCUCAUCAGGAACAGAACCUGAUGUCCCUGUGGAACGUCUCCAUGGUAAUGGCGCCUAACCUGUUCUCCUUCCAUCACCGUGGCAGCAAGCUGUCCAUCAUCAAGCGACGGGAGGAAAUGGAGGAGGCAGUGGGCGGAGCUCACCUGGUCCGGCUAAUGAUCACACACCAGGACCUGCUGUGGACCGUCCCAAACUUCCUGCUGUCUCAGGUGAGACAGAUGAACCAGGCGUCCAAUCAGAAACAGUUCGACCUGGCGAGGGCAAAGAGACGACUGCUGAGGAGGAAGAAUGACAAGAACGACAAAAACCAGAUCACGGAGCUGUGUGAAGGUGUGAUCAGAGUUCACGCCCCCCAAAACACCAAGGUUUCCACGGCAAUACAACUUGACGGACAAACUAAAGCCAAAGACAUCAUCGCCCGCUUUGAGUGUGAGAACAGUCCUGUUCAGAGUCUGUAUGAAGUUGGAGGAAACAUCUGUGAGCGUCGUCUCCAUCCAGACUGUCUUCUGUUGGAUGUUUACAGAGUCAAUCCUCACUGUGAAUGGCUCAUCAAACCCUAACAGUCUAACACCUGUCUCACCUCUUCUCCCCAAACUGGUUCCAACCUGUCUCACCACAUCUUACACUUUGUCACGUCUCCCAACUUGUCUUACCUCCUGUCUGAGCUGUUCCACAGGUUUCCUCCUGUCUCACCACCUGCCCAGUCUUUCUCACCAGUCUUACAGUCUGCCUUAACACCUCACCUGUAAAAUCAAACAGCAGCUGACACAUGACAUCACAGCAGUGACAUCACAGCAGCAACACCAUCAUUCGUCAAAUGGA